CGGAUGUCGGGAAACACGAUUCCAAUCCAAACGUCAUAUAUCCGUCCCCGCGUACGUCAUUCUCCCCCUCGCGGGGGGCGGAAGAAGGGAGGGAGCCCGCUGGAGCUGUGGAGAAAAAAUCGAGGCUGUGUUCCACUUUGUCUCGCCCACAGAUGUUGCCGGACUCCCCGUCCUCGUGAUACCUCUUCUUGAAGAAUAACCGAGCCCGUACUGCAAACUCGAACACCCCCCUCCCGCGCCCCCCGACCACCUCCUUUGCGGGGUGGUCACUCGUUGACGAAACGGAGGACGAUGCAGUUUGGAUCGCGGGCUCUUGUUUUCAUCUGUAUUGCUCUUGACUUUGUUGUGUGACCUCAUCUUGACUGUAAGGGACUUUGUUGAAGUCUACCAUCCGCUGGUUUCAAGACCCCCCCACCACCGAUGCAUUGAUGCACCCCUCUCAGUGGUGCAACGGCUGCUUCUGUGGUCUGGUUUUGGAUUACGCCAACAAAUCGUGCGCCAUGCCGCCCAUCACAUUCCAGGACCUGCCGCUCAACAUUUAUAUGGUCAUCUUCGGCACGGGCAUCUUCGUCUUUAUCCUCAGCCUCAUCUUUUGCUGUUACUUCAUCAGCAAACUUCGACAUCAGGCCCAGAGUGAGCGGUUUGGUUACAGAGAGGUGGUUUUGAAAGGAGAUCCAAAGAGGUUGAACGUGCACGGGACGUGCGCAGUGUGUCUGGAGGACUUUAAAGUGAAAGACGAGCUGGGAGUGUUGCCAUGCCAACAUGCUUUCCAUCGAAAGUGUCUUGUCAAGUGGUUGGAGGUGCGAUGCGUCUGCCCCAUGUGCAACAAGCCCAUCGCCGGCCCCCCUGAGCACCACAGCAUUGGUACCCUGCUGGACGAACUGGUGUAGCUCAACAACUCGCUUCCCACUUUGGCUGCAGCGGUGCCGAUGAAGAUACCGCUGCCGGAAGCCAGGAUCAACAUUUGGCGGCUGUGGCAACAACACCGCAACACUUUGGGGUAGCUGAGCACCCAGAAAAAAUGUAUUAAAUCCCUCAUGAUGAGGGAUGCUGUUGCCUGGCAACCCCCCCCCCCCCCAGACGGCAACACGGCAGCGCCUUCUGGUGUGGAGAUUACGUGCAGCCACCCACACGUCCCUCCGACCGCUUUUCUUUCAUCAUUCCCCACUCACACAUCUUCACAUUUUCCCUCCAAGGAGGUCAACAACAUUUUUUUGUGUUUCGUUGACCUCCUCAAUGCUCCUAGACUUUCAUAACCACAACAAAAGACAGUUGCACAAGCGUAUGAUUAUGUCGACAUGCUGUGGAGAAAACUACCUUUGAAGAGAACAAAGCACUGUAGCAAGAACAUUCUGGAUAUCUACUACGAACAAAUACAGUGUUUAUUUUUAAUGAUAACUUGAACUACAAACGUUACACAGUUGAGGUGUCACAAUUUUGUCCUACAUGCACACUAAUUAUGUUGCUUUAUUUUAAUAAAUCGUUUGUAGGAGAUAGGUUAAUAAAUUGUUGCCAUCUGGUAGAAUACUCACAUAUUCAAAACAAAUUAGGGGGGAUUUUUUUUUAAAGUCAGUAUUAUUAUUAUUAUUAUUAUUAUUAUAGCUAUUUUGUCAUACAUCAAAAUGCCUCCUAAAUUAUUUAACCCACAGAUUAUACAAAUGUGUUCAGUUGUCAUAUUUUUCUUUUCUUUAUGGUAAAUGGUCCUUGAUGGUGGUUCUAUUGUCGCUGACGUGUUUUUUUUUCUGGGUUACUUAAAUCCAUUCCACAAUAUCAGCAACAUUUAAUGAGAUCAUAUAUAUUGUAUAUAUGAGCUCUGGGGGGGGGGGGGAUCUGCCUUUAAAAGAUUACAAUGCUCAGUUUACCACCAUGUGAUUUAUUUUGGUUGUAGAUCAUAUGCAGAGGUGUUUCUAAAAUGUAGGUUAUUUUCCGAAAUGAUGAGGUGCACCAAUGCAAACUGUAACCACAAUAAUGAACAUCAAGUGAACGUUCUAAUCCUUGCUAAUCUAUAUGACAGCUCAUGUAUUGGAUCUCAUUAGAUUGUGAAAGGUGUCCCUAAUGAAGUCUCCCGUAACCGCACCAUCUGUGUGGCUCUCCGUUGAAGACAAAUGCACUUUUACAUAUGAAAGAUCACCCCAGAGGCACCCCUCAGAUGAUUAGCGGUGCUUCUGUAUUUUACAUUCCAUUUUUUUUCCCUGAAGCAACACACUGCCUAAACUGAGCACAAAUGUCACAAAGCACACUCGUGAAUUCAUUAAAAAAAAAAAAAAACAAUCUAAACAAGGUGUGUCAGUGUGUAGCACAUGAGCAAAAGCAAAUGUUCACUCUGUACAACGACUGAUGUAAAUAACUUAAAAUAAAUGUACUUGUUUCAA